AUGUCAGACCAAGUGCCUCCUUCGGACACAUCUACAGCUUUGGACCAAUGGGACCUGGUUACACAUACCUCUGGAGAUGCUCAGGACAAGAAUGAGAAGUUGGCAAAUGUCGUCUACAACGAGAUCAAAGGCCAAAAAACUCUCCGUCAUGAGUUCUAUGUUUGGGUGGCGUCUGAGAUUGGGGUGGAUCCGACCAUCAUGUAUGCCGGGAAGUUUCAAGAUAUUCCAACGGCCAAGCCAAAGGAGGAGGGCAGUGUGGCACCUGCGUGUGUACCACUACAGCUGUUCUCCUUUUCUGAUGAUGCUGGGUUGACAGGGGCGCCGGAGCUGGAAAAGGCUCGUCUUCUUCUUCACCUUCUGUGCGCCUAUGGGUUUGAAACUGUGGAUGAAUCUGUCAAAGCACAGUGGAAGCCUGAAGAUGACAUCGCUGAAGGGCAACUGCUUUUUCUCAAAGGGCAACUGCGGAUCUUGACAGUUUUAUCUUUGCUGGCUGUGGUCCACCGACGCAAAGCUACGUUGAGUGUGCAUCCGACUUUGCAGCAAACCUUGCAAAAGGUUCGGUGUGUCCAUGUCGAGCUCACCAAUCGCAAGGCUCCCAAACCUGACAAGGUUCAAGGUCAGAAGUAUCUUACUGUCAAGAACCUCUUGGACCUUCCUCCAGAGUGCCGCAACGUGAUGUUUGCUUACAUCAACAAGAACGGCUCACCCUAUAGUGAAGAUUUGCUGUCGAGCAAGAAGCUUUUGGUGAACUUCAAUUUCAAGACGACCAAAGUGCCUAAAACCUCACCUUGGGCAGGGCAUUGGGCAAAAGUGAGCAAGGAUGCUUUGUGCCUGUGGGUCCAGUGCUUGAAUGCCAAAUGGGAUCGAACUUCCAAGCCGGGUAGAAGGCAACCCACCAAAGUUGAGGGUGAAACUCUCCUUGAGCAAUGUUACUUGGUUUUUUUAAGGUGCAAUCUAGGUACAUCACAGUCAACAUCAUUCUGA